UACAGCGACAGCACACACAAACGUAUGGUUUGGUUUCCAACAGUUUUUAACAGGAAUACCAAUAUGAAUUCAAUAGUAAUAUUUCUAGUAACAGUUAUUCACUGCUCUUCAGCUUUGAUGGUGAGACACCCGCCGAGUAUCAGUAAACCACGGUUCGGUCAGAUUCGCUAUGUGAUACCAUUCGCGUCGGAGAAUACCGUGUUGAAGUGCUCGGAUCACGUCGGAAUUCCCAGUCCCAGGUACACAUGGAAGCGGAAUGGAGUGACGCUGAAGGGCGAUAACAUCACGCAGGUGGACGAACUGACCGGGGAUUUGACGAUCGUGAGCUUCUCGUCCCGCGAGGAUGGGGACUACCAGUGCUGGGCACAGAACCUGUGGGGCACGUCGCUCUCCCACGUUAUCAGGCUUAUAGCUGCCAGAAUGGUCUCGUUCAAUGACACGUCGUCGGUUAAAGCUACGGGCAGAGAAGGAGAAAGUUUUACCCUGCCUUGUUUCAACCCACCAGAACAGUCACCGCCAGGGACUUUCCAGUGGUACUCGAUAGACACCAAAACAGGUCGCACGUCACAGGUUUACGAGGACGAGCGAAUUGCAAUCGAUACCAAAGGUAACCUUCACUUUGUAUAUCUGAAACAAACCGACGGCCAUAGCGACAAACAGUACGCAUGCGCGGUUUACAGUAAGUUUAGCGAAGUGGUGUAUCUUGGGAGUAAAACCCAGCUGACAGUUAAAGAAAAAACAGUGGUACCCGAAACGUCGCCGCAACUGAUAAUAUCCACGACCAGAGUGGUGACGUUGUUAGGAGAAUUGACGACUCUGGAGUGUAUAUUUGGUGGCAAUCCUAUUCCUCAGAUCACAUGGUUCAGAAACGGCAAACCGCUCGAUAUUAACCGCACCACAGUGGUUAGAACGACCAAGUAUGGACGCGUGUUGGAGAUAGUCAACGUCACAGAGAGGAUGGAAGGCUUUUACACUUGCCGUGCGGAGAACAAACUCGACGUGGCAGAAACUGACGUCUUCAUAGACGUAAAAUCCAAACCUAUCUGGAUCAUGGCACCAAAGUCGACAACGGCAGUAGAAGGCGAUGACGUCAUAUUCACGUGUCGCGCGAGACCGGCGGUCGGAGAAGCCAGCCUAGCGCCACCGCAAUGGUACAUCAAUGGACAACAUGUUAACAGCUCCUCGGCUGAUGACAGCAAGUUUGACUUCAGUAGCGACGGGAUAUACCUCAGCAUUUUCAACGUUUCGCGAGAUCACGACAUCAUGUGUGUUCAGUGCAUCGUCAGCAAUGACGUCGGUUACCAGUUCAAGGACGCCUACCUCAAUGUUAUUUUGCCAAUCACUAUAAUCAGUAAACCACGUGACCUUAUAGAAAUCAAGCACGGGCAGGCGAUAACCCUGGUCGUCAUGGGAACCACAGAUCCGAGUCGGACUCUGAAGUACGAGUGGUAUUACAAUGAUCGACCCCUGGACAUUACACAGCCCCAGUUUUUUCUGAACCGGAAUGUAAAUGAGUUGACCUUUGACACGUCUGUUUUGAAUAGAGCCGAGGCAGAAGACUUGAUGGGCGUGUACGUCUGCAGGGUGUCACAUGACCUGCAGACGAUACCUGUCACGGUGAACCUCCGCCUGGUUCCACUGAUCGUCAAAACAGAACCAAUCGUGACAACAGAACCAGUUGUCAUUUUUCCAACAGAAGGAUCAUCCCAAGUGGAGAUAAUUCCGGCUGGAUCUAAGCUGUGGGUGGUGGCCGUGGUGUUCGGUGUUCUCGUUCUCGUAGCAGCCGCCAUUGUUGUCUUCUUCGUGAUCAGAAAGAAAAACCCAGGAAAAACGUACUUGUUGGGUAAGACGGAGGUAAAGCACCACUUGAACCCAGAGAAGGAAUUACAAGACCAUGAAUUCAAACUGAUGUAAUGAUGAUAAUAUAGGGACUCAAAUGAAAGAUGAUCAAUGUCAAAACUUCAAAUCCUAUCUAUAAUGCAGAACAUCUUUAACACUGACAUAUAUGUACAUGACAAGGACUGCAUCAAGUGGUGGUGGGGGGGGGGGGGGGGGGGGGGGGUCUAGUAGACCCAGAAAUAUAUGACAAAAGUGCCAUCUUUAGGGUCUUUUUUGUGUACCUGGGGAAGACCUUAUACUGUUGUGACCUAAUUUGUUAUUUUUUAUUGCCCACUCCCAAGGCAGGUGCGUAUGCAGUGGGGAUUGGAGGUCGACCCCACCCUACCCCACCCCACCUGCUCAAACUAUUUUUUUUUUUUUUUUUAAAUAUAUUUAACGGGGACAUGACAUACACCCAUAAAUUCGCCCACCUUCCCGCUACAAUUUUUGCAUACGCGCCUGCAGGGUAGUAUAAAUUAGGUACGGACCUAGCUGGCCGGGUUAUCUAGUAUCCAGAAUAGGCAGUCAAAUUGUGCCACUUAACGAAAUAUGUUGAAUUAGUAGUAGUUGGCUACUAUUAUAGUACCAGAGCGGGACGUAUCCCAGUGGUAAAGCUAUUUCUCGUUCCAGCCAGUGCACCACGAAUGGUAUAUCAAAGGCUGUGGUAUGUGCUAUCCUGUCUGUGAGAUGGUACAUACAAAAGGUCCCUU